AUUCCAUUUCAAUUAAUGAAAUAGGUGGCGCAGCAUUACAAACUUCCUGUAAACAGCAAGCAUGAUCGGGGGACCUGGAUCUAUCAUUGUUCUUAAUCAGAACACUAAGCGCGAAUCUGGCCGUAAGGUCCAAGUAGGAAACAUUGCGGCAGGCAAGGCCAUUGCAGAUAUCAUUAGAACAUGUCUGGGACCAAGAUCCAUGUUGAAGAUGCUUAUGGACCCGAUGGGAGGGAUUGUGAUGACAAACGAUGGCAAUGCUAUUCUUAGGGAGAUCAAUGUACAGCAUCCUGCAGCAAAGUCAAUGAUAGAAGUUGCCCGCACACAGGACGAAGAAGUGGGAGAUGGCACAACAUCCGUCAUUAUACUGGGUGGGGAGAUGCUGUCUGUGGCUGAGCCCUUCCUACAACAACAGAUGCACCCCACGGUGAUCAUCAGCGCUUUCAGACAAGCCCUGGAGGAUCUAGUGGAAAUUCUCCGCGAGAAAAUCAGUGUUCCAGUGGACAUCAAAAAUAGAGACGAAAUGAUGAAGAUUGUCAAAAGCUGUGUAGGGACCAAGUUCAUCAGCAAGUGGUCCAAUUUGGCAUGUGAAAUCGCAUUAAAAGCUACGUCUACAGUACUGUUAGAAGAAAAUGGGAGGAGAGAAAUUGAUAUCAAGAGAUAUGCCAAAGUAGAAAAGAUCCCCGGUGGUACUAUAGAAGAUUCCAAAGUAUUGACCGGAGUCAUGCUCAACAAAGACAUCGUUCAUCCGAAAAUGAAGAGGAGGAUCGAGAACCCUAGAAUACUGUUACUGGAUUGUAACCUUGAAUACAAAAAAGGAGAAAGUCAGACUAACAUUGAAAUUACGAAGGAGGAAGAUUUUGCUAAAAUUUUACAAAUGGAAGAGGAAUAUGUAAAGAAGAUCUGUGAGGAAGUGAUUGCUGUCAAACCAGACUUGGUCAUAACUGAGAAAGGUGUAUCCGAUCUCGCUCAGCACUUCCUAGUAAAGGCUGGCAUCAGCUGCAUCCGCAGAGUGCGAAAGUCUGACAACAACAGAAUAGCCAGGGCCUGUGGAGGAACCAUUGUUAAUAGAACUGAUGAGAUACGGGAGGAUGAUGUAGGAACUGAGUGUGGCCUUUUCUACAUUGAGAAGUUUGGUGAUGAGUAUUUCACAUUCUUAGUGGAAUGUAAAGAUCCCAAAGCUUGCACAAUCCUGCUUCGUGGCGCCAGUAAAGACAUCCUUAACGAGGUGGAGAGAAAUCUACAGGACGCCAUGAAUGUCUGUAGGAACGUUAUGUUGGAGCCAUACUUAGUACCUGGGGGUGGGGCAGCAGAAAUGGCAUUAUCUCAGGCUUUGAAUGAAAAAGCCAAGAGUAUUACUGGGGUCCAUCAAUGGCCAUACAGAGCUGUCAGUCGAGCCCUGGAGGUCAUCCCCAAAACUCUGAUCCAGAACUGUGGAGCAAGCACAAUCAGGACUCUGACCGCCCUCCGAGCGAAGCAUGCCACCGCUGGUAACUCUAGCUGGGGCGUGGACGGAGAGACAGGCAAGGUGGUGGACAUGAAGGACUACGGAAUCUGGGAAGCAUUUGCCGUCAAAGUCCAGACGUACAAAACUGCAAUUGAGACUGCAAUAUUACUUCUGAGGAUUGAUGACAUCGUGUCGGGGGUGAAGAAGCAAGGAGAUGUUGGGGGAGCCCCGGGAGGAGGUGCCCCUCCAGGAGCCCCCGAGGGACCAGAAUAGACACCUGCGAUUAACAGCUGGAUUUUUACACUCAGCAUAGCAAUGUGUUCACACUCCCUCUGCUAUCAGUCCCGUCAUAUUGAACAAAAUUUUGUGAAGCUUGAUAUGUUAAAAAGACUUAAGUUUUUGUCUGUGAAGGCAAUCUGAUGGAUUUUGUACUUGAUAUUUAUCUAAAACUAUGUAUAGUGAUCUGGAAAUAAAUCCUACAUGAAAUGAU